AUGGCAUCGAAUGAAUCAUUUAAUUACUGGAGUGUUAAGAUUAUGCCCAUUCCUGCAGACACUACGGUUACUCAAUUAGCUCAAGUGACAGGUCUACCAACUACGCGUAUACGUUUUCCCAAGACUAGCAAUAACAAAUCUGAUUAUGCGUGGAUUAAUGACUUUGUCAGUAAAGAAGAAGCCAACAGUUUUGUAUUGAAAAUUUCAGGUUCAUGGAUUUUUGGUGCAACUAUUAAAUGUGUCACAGUUCCACCAAAAAGUGACAGAAUGGAUAAACGUAGUUUAUCUCACCAAUUAAAAGCGUCGUCUAUCCAAUCAUUAAAUAAUAUAGCACCUCAACCUCAAUCUAAUCGAGACACUGCAAGAAGACCAAAUGAUAAUAAUCUAUCUGGUGUGCCUGUAUCUCUUAUGUCAAUCAAUGCGAGUGGAAGACCUAAUUUUAUAAAAGAUAAUAAGAAACUAGACCAAACAUGUCAACCAAUAUUAGGACCACGUCAAUUGUCAUCUGCUAAUAACUAUUUUGAGAAUAUAAAUGUUAGUUCUACAAACCUAUCCUCUUAUUCAUCCGCACCCACACCCACCCCAUGCAAACCACUGAUUUCAGAAUCUCAAUCAACACUUCGUAUACCAAGUCCAGCUAGACCAAGACCUUGUUCAGCACAAAGAACCACGCAACGAGUAGUAGGUACUGUGAAACUGUGUCCUCAAGACAUUCGAUGUUUUAACGCUGAUUGUCGACUCGAUCAUCCAAAGGGCUGGAAUCCAUGUCAGAAUGGAGUGCAAUGUCGUAAUUAUGACUGUAUAUCUAAACAUCCAACUGGUCGUAAAGGACGCUGCCGUAAUGACGAUCAAUGCAAGAAUAAAAAUAAUUGUGAAUUUUUACACUCAUCUAUACAUGGAACUGUAAUCGAACUGAGUGAUGCCGAGCAGAAUUUUCUUAAAAAUUUUGGUAAAAAAAUUCUAGAUAAAAUUCGUAAAGAUCCAGAUAUCAAAGAUGUUCAACUCGAGAAUAAUAAACUUCAACUAAUAGGAAAUCUUUCCAUCGUCACAAAUAUAAAAUCUGAUUUAACAGCAACACUUUUCAAACAAAAUGCAACGAUUACAUCUGCUGUAAGAAAAUAUUUAGAAUUAACAUGUAAAGGACGUUUAUUAACGAACUUUGUACAAAAAUAUCACGUCGGAAUUUCUUUUAGUGGAAUUAAUAAAGACAAUGAGGAAGAAGAAGAAGAUUUUGAGGAUGCUAAAAAUGAUAUUUCGGACGCACCAUCAAAUAUUACAACUACUUCCGUCACCCGCAAACCUCGCCUUGAACAAGUUACAUUAUGUGGUGAUUCAGAAGAUUCAUUAACUAAAGCCAUCAAAGAAUUAAAAAGUUAUACUUUGCAUAUCCAAUCAUGGAUAUUAACACAAGAUGAAAGUGAAUUCAUUUUAAAAGAAAAAUUUGAACAAAGAAAGCUGCCAAAUUAUCAGUUACCGCUUUCUAUUGAAAAGUAUCUAAAUAAUCUGGUUCAAUCCAGAGAGAAUUCUACUGUAAAGAUCACCGUGAAGUACAUAAAAGGUGUAUACAGUGUAACAGUGAAAGGAUUCAAAGUUUACGUUACUAAUGCUGUAUCGAAGAUAAAAAAUUGGUCGAAUGAUAAUAUUGAAACUGAAGUACAACUUCCUAUAUCAAAAACAAUGGGAAUUUUCCUUCGAACAAAAGCUUCAUGUGAUCUUAAAAAACUGGAAAAAAUUCAUCGUAUUAAAAUAACAACCAUGUCACCAUUUAGGCGCAAAUUUGCUAACGACGAACAAGAUGAUAAUGAUGAUCAUGACUGUUUAAAACUAAUCGGAUCUAAUUCGCGCAUUAAUUCUGCUCAAGUACAUGUGGGAAAUUUUCUCGAAAGUUUAGUUGAACAAGAAAAACGUUUUGAUUGUCCCAGUUGGGAUAUUUCAAAAAGUGUUUCUCAAACUCUUCGUACGUGUCUAAAAACAAUGACAACUUCCGAUGAUUGUGAAGUAAUUGGAUGGAUGAAAUUCUAUACAGCGAUCGAAAGAAGAGAUAUAACUCCGAGAAUUACUGUGACCAUAGUUGGUUUCAAUCAAGAAGCAGUGGAUGGUGUGGUCGAGCAAUGUCAAACUAUUAUAGAAGGAUAUGUUGUUUGGAUACCAUCUAAAAAUGAGUUUCGAACGAUUUUUAAUGCAUUAAUAGUAAAAAAAUCACCAUCUAUCGAUGAAUUUCGACAACAAUAUACGACUGACAUACGGCUGGAUCGCGACACGAAUACAAUCAUUAUCCCUGCGCAAUCAAAAAUACUUGCAGAUGAAAUUAAAGAAGCACUAUUAAACUUAGGAGAAAAGAAAGUUCGAGUACAACGUCUAUCGGAAUUUAUUCCUAUUCAACCUGAGAUUCGUCGUUUUGUCAAUAAAAAUAUUAGUUCAUUACUUGAUGAAGCAAAAUCUCAAAAAGCUUUUGUCGAAUCAAAAAAUGCUCAAGGAUUAACUUUAAAUGGUCCUAAUGAUAUUGUUACUGAAUUCAAAGCAAAGAUUAAUGCUGUUAUACAUGAUAUUAAACAAAAAUGCAUUACACAUCGUUUGUCAUUAUCAUCUGUCGAGUCCGACUUUCUGCGAGCCAAUACUUGUCAACUAGCAAAUCGUAUAGAACGUGAUACGAAUACAAUUAUUCGAGAUGUAACUCGUCUCAGUUUUCAGGCGAAUAAUUCAGUUAUGAUUACUGUUGUAAAUGAUCGUGGUCAAUCAAUCGUUGUAGAAAAAGCUGAUAUUACUAAAGCAAAAAAUGUCGAUGCUAUUAUAAAUGCAGCAAAUGGACCAUUGUAUCAUGCAGGUGGUGUUGAUAAGGCUAUUGCUAAUGCUGCCGGUUCAACAUUUGAUCAAGAAUGUAGACAAAUAAUUGUUAACAAUGGUGGUUUACCUAUUGCUGCAGGUAAAGCUGUGAAGACAAGUGCUGGUAAUCUGCCUUUUCGAUGUAUUAUUCAUGCAAUUGGCCCACAAUAUAUUGAUGGAAAUCAACAGGAACGUCCAUUAUUAUUCUCUUGUGUUAUGUCGAGCUUGAAACUUGCUGAAAUUGAAGGUUGUCGAAGUGUUGCUAUGCCAGCUAUUAGUUCAAAAACUUAUGGUUUCCCAAUGACUGAUUGUACAAAUGUUGUCGUUCGAACAGUAAAACAAUUCUUCGCUGAUUAUCCUCAAUCGAAGAUAAGAAAAGUGAUUCUACUAGAUUUAGAUGAUGCAGCUUGUAGUUCAUUUGCACGUGAACUUUCAAUUGAUCAUAGCAAUACAGCUGAAGAUGAUGAUGAUGAUAUCACGAAUUAUGAAUUACCACCAUUGACAGCCAAAUGGUGUUGGCAGUCUGAUACGGAUGAGAAAAUUAAUACUGAUAAUGAUGCACGUAAAAUUGAGUUAGCAUUUCAACAAUACAUUAAAACAUUCACUGAAUCACAAGUAAUACUCAGUCCCGACAAUUUAACAAGUGGUACCAUUGUUAAUUAUAGUAUCCAUUUUCUUCCUGUAUUAAAACAACUAUUGAUAUCUAAUCCAAAUAUUUCGAAUAGUCGACUGGUAUGCGGAUAUCAAAUGAGAGUAGAUACUGGCUUUAAAAGAUAUAUUAUUCGCUAUCCAGUCGAUGUGCAACAACAAAGUUCAUCAAGUCGUGUUAAUUAUCAUCCAAAAUCAUUGGAUUCCUAUAGUAUAGAACUAGAAGUAACACAAGAAUAUUGGAAUAUUAUUGGCAUUACGGAGACAUCAGUAGCGCAAGCACAAUCAGCGAUUCAAGCAGCCAUUCAAUCUGCUACUAUUUCUGAAUCGUUUUCUAUUAAUUUAAACAAAGAUCUGGAUAAUCAUAAAAAAGAAAUAAACAAAAUUGCUACACAACAAUCAGUUCAAAUUGAGUUUCAACAACAACAUUCAGAACAGUUAACAAUGAUAUUGAAAGGUUUCAAAGCAAAUGUAUCAGAAGUGAAAUUAAGUGUUGCUUUAUACGCUCAAGAUAUGUUGAAAAAACAAGUAGAAAAUGAUGAUGAAUUGGAGGUGCCCAAAGAAUGGGACGAACAAGAAGAAGAAUGUAAAUUGGUUGAAAUUUCUCGAACUGAUCCUACUUUUAUUCGAAUUGAAAAACGUAUGAAAGAAACUAUGAGUACUAUUAAAAUCGAUAAAAUUCAACGAGUACAAAAUCUACGUAUGUGGAGUCAUUUUGCAUUUCGUCGUCGAGAAUUGAAAAAGAAAUUACGUCAUAUGCCAAAUAUACAGAUUGAAAUGGAAUUAUUCCAUGGAACAAGACAUACAUUACCUAGUGAAAUUUAUAAUGGUGAAUAUGGUUUUGAUAUGACAUAUUGUACAGCUGGUAUGUGGGGUGUGGGUACAUAUUUCGCUCAAGAUGCUUUAUAUUCUUGUGGCAAUUAUCGUUAUAGUUUACCUAAUGGAAAAUCUCAAGUAUUUUUAGCUCAAGUUUUGACAGGUCACUCACACAAUUGUAAUAGUGAUUCUUCGAUACGUCGACCUCCAAAGAAAAAUGAGUCUACUUCUGGUCAACGAUAUGAUAGUGUAUCAGGCACGACAGGAGGCAGCACAGUUUAUAUUGUCUAUGAAAAUCGAGUGGCAUAUCCUACCUAUUUGAUUACUUUCGCUUUAUAA